GUCGCGCAAUUGGAGUCCCUUGAUGUCAGUCAACAGCAGCUUCGCCUCCACCUCUCCUGAUUCUCGUCUCUGCUGCGCUUGGCGACCAUAUCGGCCGUCAGGGAAAGAAAUGCCACCGGGAUGAGGGGAUCGUAGGCCAUGUAAAUACAAAACGUAAAACGUUUACGAUUUCAUCGACACAUUGAUGUGCAGUUUGCUUUUCGAUUGUCGCAGUUAUGGUCCCAAUCGUAUCCCGUCCGUGUGUUUUAUCCACCACCGUCUCUAGCCUCGGGAAAAUGUACCCGACUAUUCUUGAUUGCAUUUUUUUCGCAAACAAAAGAAGACACCCGAAAAAGCAAUAAAAGAGCACGACAGAAGGAUCGGUCCAGGUGCCCCCACCUCAUGGAGAAGAUUGGCAAGGUGUGGAGUAACCUGAAGAAGGGAUGUCAAUCUCUGCUCCACACAGAUGGGGGUUCUCGCUUUGAAAUGCCACCACAGCUUCAACCGCAAACAGACACAGUAUGCCAGAGUGUGGACAAGGCCCAGGGAGACAGCACACUGGAGGCUGCUAGUCCCUCUAGCAGUGUGGUGGCACUCCCUCUAGUGGCAUGGAGGACCAGUGGGAGUGUGACACGACAGGGCCAUAACUGUGUAGUGGAUGUACCCCAGAUACUAGAGAUCACAGUUGAGCAGGAUACCGAAGAUGCUCGUGCUCCUCUGGGUGUCCGCAGAGACUCUUAUUCACGUCAUGCACCUUGGAGUGGAAAGAAGAGACACUCAUGUUCCACUAAGGCUCAGAGUUCUCUGGAGACCACAGAUCGGCGAUCAGGCCGGUCUCUGCGCAGACAUGGGACUGGUAGCAGCCGUGAGGAACUGGAGUCAGGGGCAGCACGCUCCCUACGGCAGCAGAUUCAUGAUACAGUGGGCCUGUGCCUCCCACUGCGUUCAUCCUCUCGAAACAGUCACCUUCCACCACCCAAACGUAAGAUACAAAUCACAGAGCUGAUGCUGGAGACAUGCCCCUUUGCACCAGGAUCAGACCUUGCCCGAAAAUGGCACCUAAUUAAACAGCACACGUCACCAGUCACAGUGAUGCCAGUGGAUUCCUCCUCAGAUACUUGCGGUGCUACCUGUGCAUCACCGGAAGAUGAGGAGGAGCGCUUACGCGAAAGAAGACGACUCAGCAUUGAAGAGGGUGUGGACCCACCUCCAGAUGCCCAAAUUCACACAGUGGAGGCCAUCACAGCCCCCCUAGCUUCCCUUUAUAAGCUGGGACCUAAAUUGGCCCCUGGAAUGGGUGAGACCGUAGGCGAUAGCCGGGGGGCAACAGCAGCUAACUGUGACUCUGAGGACGACGAUACCACCACUCUUUGCUUGCAAGCUCGCAGGCCCAAGCAGCGGCACGCUUCGGCUGAGGGCCUCCUGAGCAGCAAGCAACCGGGCCCUUGGAAAGUACACACUCAGAUUGACUACAUCCACUGCUUGGUUCCAGAUCUGCUACAGAUCACAGCACUUCCCUGCUACUGGAGUGUGAUGGACCGUUAUGAGGCUGAAGCGCUGCUGGAUGGUCGGCCCGAGGGAACCUUUCUGCUGCGAGACUCUGCUCAAGAAGACUACCUGUUCUCCGUUAGCUUCCGCCGCUAUGGCCGUUCGCUGCAUGCACGCAUUGAGCAGUGGAAUCACAACUUCAGCUUUGAUGUGCACGACCCUUGCGUAUUCCACGCAGCCACUGUCACAGCUCUCUUGGAACACUACAAGGACCCUAGCGCUUGCAUGUUCUUUGAGCCAUUGCUCACUGUGCCUCUGCACCGGACCUUCCCAUUUGGCCUGCAAAGCCUUGCUCGAUCAGCCAUUUGCAAUGGGAUCACCUACGAUGGCAUCGGGGCAUUGCCACUGCCCCCUGCUCUGCAGGAUUACCUCAGGGAGUAUCACUAUAAGCAGAGAGUGCGUGUACGCUGGCUUGAGAGGGAGCCAGUCAAGGCCAAGUGAGGCAGGGCAGAUACUUCUCAGCUCUCCAAUAGGAGUAGUCUAUUCAGCACUUUCAGGUUAAAUGCUCGGGGUUAGAUGUUUGAAAGGAGGGACCUGAAACUGAACACGAUAUAUAAGCUUCUAUCACUUUUUGUUAUCACUUUAACAAACAAAGACAUUAUAUAUACAGUGGCUCUCCAGUGUGCACAUUUCACAACAGCUUCUGGACUAGGAUGAAGCAGCAGAGGUCUUAUUCUCAUUUUCCCUACUCCCUCAGUUCCUAUGGCUGUGCUCUAGGGGAAAUCUGCAGAUACAGAUAUUUUCAUGCCCCUCCACUCUUUCACGUCUUGACUAUAUGGUUUAUAGCCAUUUCACUUUUAUUUCUGUUGUACCGUUCACCUCCCAACCUGUCCUUAAUUUUCUUCCAUUAAAUUUGCAUUGUUAAAGCAAGCUUAUUCAAAAUAAUAAUGUGGACAAAUUCUGAGGGGUAGGGAAAUGAAAGGUGAUGUUCAAAUAUUGCUUUUUCAGCUUCUUUCAUCAUCCUUAACUUUCAUGGUGCUCUGUCAGUGGUUCCCAUGGUAACAUUCUGUGCUCAUUCCGUGGUUAGAGGAGGAGGCGGCAUUCUAGAGCAAUAAGAAAGGCUUUCGCCCUGCUCACAGAGAACGAGACUGAGAAAUCCAUGAAAGAUGGAUUGACCAUAAACUAUGUGUCCAGACAGCUUUUGGGAAUGUUGCAGAAGGGCUCUGUGACGUUCUGCUUUCUUGCACUUUCGGGAAGCGAUAAGAAUGACGUGCACAACCUGACGCGGUGUGAUGUGAGAGCGCUUGGUUUUCAAAAAACAUAGUUACUCACACUCUGCUUUCUGUUGUUGUCAAUAUGUUUUGUGAUCAUGAAUUCCUACCACUAAUUGCACAGAGGGGAGGGGGGGGGUGACUAAUUCCGUAUCGUCUUUUUUGUAUUGUUGUGAAUGGUCUAUCAGUGCCCUGGUAGUUGGGCGAUGAUUCCGAGCACUUUAACUUAACUGUGCUUAUGUUAGUGUGUGCAGCAGAGGCAAUACAUAAACCUGCUACACUGGGACCAUUGUUGUUUGGCAUAAACACCCUCCUAUAUAGGAAUAAACACUCUACGCUCACUUUGUCUAACCCACAUUGUUUUGGAGAGGACAGAGUAAAUUUUGAUGUGACCCCAUCAGUGCCAUUGGAUAUGGGUCAAGCUGGCUUGUUUGGCUUGAUUUUGGGAUGAUUUAAUAAUUGAUGAAUGAUCUGUAUAUUUAGGUUUAUCGGAUUCUUUUUUUUUUUUUAAGCAACUAGGAGGAAGGUUCAGGAUUUAAAUAAUAGAGUAUAAUCACAUUACUGGCCCCUAGGCCAAGACCAGCUUCGUGAUCACUUUAAAAUCAGCCAUAUCCACACUUAAAAUUCUUGACUAAAUUUGACUUUCAAAUGUCAUAGGUGUUUUUGAUGAAAGCUGGAAAAAGGAUAAGACAGAUUUAUAACUUUUGUGCCGUUUGCCCCAUCUGUUUAGUCUCAAAAAAGACCUAGAUCACUUAAGUAGUGUGCCUUCAUACAUCUAAAGCUUUUAGUUCAUCAUAUGGUGCAUUCAGUGGAUGUGUUACUAACAGUGGUCCAACUGGAAAAGACAUGUUUUCCAUUGACUGUUCCUGCACUGAGUGCCAAUGGCACUGUGAGACAUCCUCUUCAUGGGCCUGGUGCUGAUGUAUGAUGUAUUUUGAGUACUGCUAGGGAUAUGACUAUUGAGUCCCACAUCUUUCUGACUUGUUUUCAGCUGAUGAGAUCAGGUAGAACUGCCAAAUGCUAAGCUCAGGCUCACAACACCUAAACAGCAGUGUGGUACUGUGCGACUAUAACCAGCUUUGUGUGUAUGUGUGUGAGUGUGUUGCACUGCCCCUGACCUCCCUGUCAUGUCAACCAUAAGAAACUUCUGCUGACAUGAAAAGUUGUGUUAUCCUCUCCUCCCAGGCAACACUAAUUCACAAUCUAUCCUAAUGCAUUUAAAGUUGUCUUCCUGCACGUUAUCCUGUCCUAAGUCUUUCUCCUCGCACAAGAAUAGAUGGUCAGGGUCAUCCUGGGAAGAAUUCAAAAACACAAGGAGAGAGCUUUGGGGCGUUGCUGACUCACUACUGUGUGAUUUGAUCUCCCUCACCUCCUCUCUUUAUGUAAGGUGUGGGGGAAAUUAGUGCAAUUUAGACAGAGCCUUGGCUUCGAUGGAGGUUGUGAAGCAGGUUUCAGGUUAACAUCUGAAAGGGCCAGCUGUCCUGCUUACCGCUCACCUGUAAAAGUGUCAUGCUUGGCUUUGCUCCAGACACUCCUCACUGCACUAACUCAUGAAACUUGACCUGUACCUACCUAUACCUCUGUGUACCAAUUUUUAUCAGGGGUAGAGCAUUUGCUCAGUCAGAUUGGGGCUAGACGUAAUGGAUUAAAAUUAUCUAUCUAUCUAUCUAUCGAUCGAUCGAUAGAUAGAUACAGAUUUUAAAAUGAAAUAUUUUUUAAUAUUAGUACCUGUAAAGAAAUGCAAUAAUGUUCUUAGGCUUAGCUCUAAUGGUGACCCAUGUGGAAACUGAUGUGAAUUGUCUGAGAAGUAGGUCCUUUGAACUUGUCUUCAGGUUAGGAUCAUUGUGUUUACAUCAUGACAAAAAAACGGAUAUGGUGCAAUGUGUCAAAAAGGUAUGCGAGAGAAACUAUAGAUUAAUGUGACCAAAGGUUUAAGUUUGGUGAAAAAUUGUCAAUUUGAUAGCUUUUAGACACCAUCAUAAAAUUAUUGCAAAAAUGUUCCAAGAUAAACAUUUUCAAAGUUAAACAGAGUCUUGUUUUAGACCCUAAAGGUGAUAAUUGGCUCACUGUAUGGAUUUAUUAACUUUCAGAAGUGCCUUUUCUUAAAUUGACUCGCCCUUUCCUCAAGUAACCCAACUUUAGUGGUCCCCAGUCUAGUUAAUUUGGAUGUUGCAGCAAAUUAAAGCAAAACUCCCUGUUGUAGAAAAUGCAACAAAAACAUAUGCAUUAGUUAAAUUUUUUUUAAUACAAGUCUGUAGUUGUGUGCCACAAGAAGGUUAAAAAGUUGAAAAUAUCACAAAGAAUUAGUGUACACAACGCUUUUAAUCCCCCAUAUUACCCAAUUUAAAGUCUGGAUUUGCUGUUUAUCUGUUCACCAGAACAAUGUAGUUAAACAUGAUCAGGUAUAUGAUUUUAUCGGUCAAAAUGGAUUGAGACUUUAUCACAGAUCACAAAGCAAGAUGAAAAGUUGCGAUUCUCAGAUGUGAUACGAAGGCUUAGAUUGGCAGUGUGUGGCCUCACACAUGAUAUGCACCUGUCAGUAGCCUUGUUGCAGUAGCUGACAUUUCUUUUAGAAAAUGACAAGACUGUGUUAAAAUGUUAGAAAGUCAUUUUGUGUGCAGAGCCCUUGCACAUUACCAACAGGAAAAGUUUUCUGACAAUGUUUUUUGAUAUGUCUCGCAAACUAUAGGGAGGUUGUGUUCAGCAAUGUUUAGACCGAAAUAAAAGACUGACUGGUUGUCUGAAUUGAAUUAAAAUCUGUUGAAUCGGUUUCAGAUUCAAUAAAUCACAAGCAUCACCAUGGUAACUAGUUACCGUAAAGCUCUAUAUACACAUUUGUUUUAGAGAAAGGGGCUCAAGGUGAGGUUUAGGACUGGGUAUCGUGGUGACAGCACUUGAUGACUUUUGCUCCACCCAUGACCUGCCUCUGUAUUUCUGAUUGGACCCUUGGGACUAGCCCCUCAAAACACUUGCUGAAACAUGCACCAUGGAUUAUCUGGAGUGACGUGGUUAUCACAGUCCCUCACCAUUUUAUGUGUUUCAAUUAUUAUUAUUAUAUUUUUAUACAACUGCCCAAGGUUUGUACUGUACAAUGUAAUUUCUCGCACUUGAUGUCCUUUCUCUCAUCUUUCCUUCAUUCUCUCUUAUGUACAGUUAAUGGUCCCUACUCCCAGGCUGUUACUAAGUUGCUCUGUUGUAUUAUUUUGUUUGACUUUGGGUUACAGUUUGCGGUUUUUUUGGGGGGUAGAGGGUUGCAGCUCUGCUUGCCCCUCUUUCACCAGUAUCUGUCACUCUUGGUGCUCUUGGCUUUUGCUUCAUUCUCUUAAUAUUCAAAAAUAAAAGUGUUGUAUG